AUGCCUCUCCGGACCCCUAUAGCACCAACUAUCCCUCUGCAACGCCCGCUCCGCGCUCGGUCCAUCCACCAAACCAUCUCCCGCCAGCAAUUCUCCACCACCCCACCCCCACCCCCACCCCCACCUCCAUCCUACCCCAAUUCCUCCCGCCUCCGCACACGCCUCCAAACCUUCAACAACCGCCUCCCCCGCCUCCUCAGACUUUACACAACCCCUCUUCUCAACGCGCCAGUCACACACGUCACUUCCUUCCUAAUCCUACAUGAGAUCACAGCCGUAGUACCACUUCUAGGUUUGACGGGGGCAUUUCAUUACGGGGGCUGGAUUCCAUCGUUAGGAGAUGGGAAGGUAGAUGAAGGGGUGCGAAAAUUUGGGAGGUGGUUGAGGAGGAAAGGGUGGGUUGGAGCGGAAGCGGAAGUAGAGGCGGAAACAGUGAUAGAAAUGGAGAGAGAUAUGAAAGGCAAGGCUUCUGAGGGGCGGGUUGGGCUUGUUGAGUGUAGGGAUAGAGGGGUGAGGUUGGUCUUGGAGUUUGCGACCGCAUAUGCUAUUACGAAGGCCUUGUUGCCUGUGCGGGUCGUGCUUAGUGUUUGGGCUACGCCGUGGUUUGCUAGAGUUUUGCUUGAGCCUGUGGGGAAGGGGGUCGGGAAGGUAUUUGGCAAGAAGGGGUAG